AUUUUUUUAUUUAUUUUUUAAAAAAGCCUUUCGUUCUCUGAUUCUCAUUUAGCUGCAACUGAGGUAAAUUCAUGGCUUCCCUUACGGCCAGUCUGCUUCCGCCAUUGCUUUUACAGAAUAGAAAGACCCUUUACAGGAGUUCUCAGAAACCCCUAAUUUCUUAUGCCGGAGGGAGGCAAAACUAUGCUGUUGUUGUGAAGGCUUCCGGUUAUAGCUCAGAGUCUUCAACUGCGCUUAGUAUCGUCAAGUCUGUGCAAAAUGUUUGGGAUAAAUCUGAUGAAGAUAAGGUAGGUCUCAUUGGUCUGGGAUUUGCAGCUAUUGUGGCCCUGUGGACAUCAACAAAUGUGAUUUCGGCUGUUGACAAGUUGCCAAUUAUCCCAGUUGUGCUUGAAAUUAUUGGAAUUCUGUUUUCUGCAUGGUUUGUUUACCGGUAUCUCUUGUUCAAACCAGAUCGGGAGGAAUUGUACCAAAUCAUCAACAAGACAAUUUCACAAGUAUUUGGACUGUGAAUUCUGGUGCUAACGAUGUAAUUAAGGAUUGACCCUGCAAUUCGAAUGUGGUUUAUUGCAGUGGUGUUCAAAUAUGGCAGCUUUUUUUUGUAUUACUGUGAACUAUGAUGCCUAUUAACUUCAAAUCACAACCCAAUUAUAAAUUACCUGAAAGUUGAGCCUU